CUCGCCAUAUUUGUUAUUAUCGUCAAUGGGGUAGGCUAGCUGGCGGAGUUUCGGAGGUGCGGUGUGCGGUGCGUAAUGUUUGGAUGUUCGUAAGAUUAGAAAGGCUUCUAGCGGGCUAAGAUAUUCGGCCGUUGAGUUAACUUGCGAACAAAUAAUCCUGUAUUCACGGUAUAAGAGAAGCGGUCUCUUAUAUAAAACUGCUAGGUCCACGGAGGCUCAGCUGCUUAUUCAGUAGUGUCGAGUGCGCGUUAUUCUCACCGUGUACCUGAUUUUAUGCCGCUUGCAUUCUUGACAGUGGAGCUGAAAUUACCAGUGUGUUGUUAUUGUUGUUAUCGUUGACAUUGACGAUAAUUGUGAUGGUGUAGUGAUAGUAUUAAAAAGGUAAUGCAACUAUACAGAUGCUAAUGGUUAAAGGUGGUCUUAAGGUAAUGAAGAAGAACGAGAGAGCAAGAGAGAAACGGAACGGUUGGAAAGGAACUGAGUUUGGAAUAAGAAGAAUAAGAAGAAUAAGAAUAAGAAGCACGGGGAACGCUCGUUGGUAAGAAGUGUUAAACGUUGAGACGAAGAGGAGAUUAUUAAGAAAAGGCAAUUUAGUGGUUUGUGGAGACUGGAGAAUUGUGGAUGUGAAAAGGAGCGUCGCCGGUGGCGGAAAAAGUUGGUAGAGGCUGGCGGAGAAGGUGGACGAAGACGAGGAAGAGGAGGAGGUGGAGGCGGCGGCGGUGGUGGUGGUCGGAGUUUCAGUGGUGGAGACCGAGGAAAAAAAGGUGAAAAAAAAGAAGAAGAACAGAAGGAAAAGAAGAAAGACGUGGGACAGCGGAGGAGGAGGUGGUGUUAGUGGUGACGACUGUGGUGAUUGUUUUAAGGGUUCGUAUCGGAAGCGCGCUCGUAGUAUCGCGUGUGCCGAUUCGUACCAGAAUUAAAACUGGCGGGCAAUCUGGCUCGAUCUCCGGUGCCGGUGGGUGCUGGGGGAGGUGGUGUUGGUGGUAGUAGUAGUAGUGGUAGUAGUGGAAGAGGUGCUGAAAGAGCAGAAGAGGAAGGAGGAAGUGGCGGAGGUUCUGGGGGUGGAGCCGGUGGAGGCUUCACUGGACGAAGUGGUACCGGACCCGGAACUGGAAAUAUCAUUCCUAGAGGAGGAUCAACAACAACAACAACAACAGGAGAAAACACUUCCGGAAAUGGAAUUCAGGCAAAUGCGAGUCAAGCGAGCGGAGGUAAUGCCAGCGGCGGCGGAGGAGCUAUGGCAAAUGGAAAUGCUUCCGCGGUUCCAUCCACGGGAAAUCCUACGGGUCCAUCAACAACUAAUGUUCCCGCGGGAAAUUCUACGGGUCAAUCAACGACGGCUAAUACUACCACGACUACUUCGUCAGGAACUGCUGGAGCAGUCGAUCAAGGUGCAUCUAGCGGACAAAUUUUGGACUGGGAGGAUGUUGAUCGUUUCUCCUUCGAGGAUUCCGAUCAUUUCGAAGAAGAUUCCCUUUGUAGUUGGAGCAGUGAGCCCGAAUCACUUUGUAACAAUUGGCGAGGAUGGCGUCGACCCACGGCUGGAUUUACUACCAUUAAAAAGUCGUCAGAAGGGACCAUGGAUCGAUGCUGCAACGAGUUUCAGGAAGACGACUAUACUACUCGAGAACGUGCUCGUGAUCAUCCUUCACCGUGACUCAUUCUUCCUUUC